CCUCUCCGCCGCUUCGAGCCCUCAGUGUCUGGAUCUAUGUUGUAGAUAGAUGGGCUUGAUGCCACAAGUCAUUAGCCUACAGGCUGCUAAGGUUGAAAGUUUGAUUUCCAAUUAUUUGCAGUUUUUCUUGUUUCUGGGGCUUUUUUUCUCCUCUACUUGGAUACUACUGACUUAGGCAUUGGAUAUGUGCACACAAGAUGAUGACAACCCCUUUCCUCCCCGUAGAAGUAAAAUAAAAUAGGCUUUCGCACACACUGGAUUUACUCCUGUCGUUCCAUAUGAAGAAGUCAAAAAUUUGGAUACGCGUCUGUGUCCAUUUACUGCUGUUCAUCACGCUUGGGGUACAUUCAAGUAAAUUUGACGUCAACCCAGUGACAGAUGACAUCUCUAGACUCUCUGUUUUGAGACAAAAUAUUCCUAAAGAUUACAAAAUUCCUGUACAUUACGUUCCAAAAGAAGAGGGUGGGAUGUGUUGGGUAAAAUUAAAUGUCUUCUACUUGGAGGAGAGUUUACAAGAUUUAGCGCAUAAGUUUGGAAACAUUUCAUCCAACAGAAAAGAUAUUAGCAUAUUCAUCCAAAUGCUCCAAGAACUGCGGCUCAACAUGGAGUCUGUGGAGCCGAUCAUGUACGAUUUUGAGUGCCACUACAGGGAAGAGAGGUGGCAGACAGCGCGAUACUUUGACUUUGUCAAAGACUUCCUUAUAGCUGCACAGAAUAGAGAAGAUUCAGAUGACUGUGAUCCUCCUCCCUGUCCCACGACACCAUACACAGAAACUACAGUAUAUCCAAAAGAAUCACCCACAUCCAGCAGUAAAGGCUCAGACUGUCCUACAGGCUGCAAUGAAUUCAUAAAUACAGGAGCACGAUUCCUGCCUGAGGUGGUGGAGCGAAGCCUUCUCUCCUUACUGUUCAUUCCACUCCUAGCCCUCGUAGUCCUGCUUGUGUGGAAGAUCCGAACACGGAGGAACGAGGAGGAUAUUCAGCAGAAUCCUGGAACAGGUGGACUCUUCACAGGAACAGAAUGGACUGCACCUCAACAAGAUGAAAUAUCAGAAAAAAACAAGUUGAACGUCAUUGAAACAGUGUAAUUCUUUUACUCUUCGAUGUUCUUCAGCAUAAUUGGGCUCUACUCUUUUUCUCCUGUUGGUGUCCAAAGGUGAUGAAAAACAAACAUGACGCUGAAUUCCAUAGUGAGAUCUCAGAGUUGAAAGGCCUGUUUUUGACUGCUCUCCAGAUUCACAGUGGCAGAUGCACAACUGCCAUGACCGAGAUUUUUCUGGUUAAAUGCUGCCUGCUACAGUAUGGAUAAGCUUGCCUUUCUUGUAAGACUGCUUUAAUCAACCCCAUGCUUUUGAAAAAGACUGUGAGAUUUUGGCAGACAGAAGCCUCUGUACCACUCCCCCACUGGAUCCUCUGGCUCCUGAAAAUCGCCAUCAGAACCUGCUGCAUCAUGAACUCUUUGGGGAGAAGACAUUAAUUAAGGAUUAUUAAUGACAAUCACUAAAGAGGUAGGUGUGUCAACAGGGCACGUUGGCUGUGACCUUUCCCAUCAGGCUGCCCUGCUGCUACUAGCUGACUCUGACAGAAGUGGCAGGACACAAACAUCUGUUUCUGUACGUAGUUUGAGUAUUUCUAUCAUGUUUGUGGUCUUACAUUGUACCAUGUCCAUUCUUGGUUUUGUGCCUUGUUUGAUUAGUGUGAUUGACUCCGUUUGUAAAUGUCAAAAGCCUGUCUAUGUUUCUGUGUGGUAGCAGAAAGAGAUCAUUACAGGGCAGAAUACGCUCACCACAGCAACCAACAGAUAUGAUCCCCAAACUCUCUCUCGCUCCUUUUUUUUUUUUUUUUUUUUUUUAAAUAAACUCAAAACCAUAGCAGUUUAACUGGCUUGACCUGUGCCCGGUUAUGAUUUGGAAGACAAUUUUUUCAGAAAAGCAGUGCUUCAAUAUAUGAAAACUCUACUGGCAGAACAAUCUGCAGCGGUGGUGACAUUUCUGUCCACAUGUUACAUUUUAGCCUUUGUAACCUUUAGGAAACGGUUCAGCUGGUAACUCUGCUUGUUUCAUGUGUAUUUGGGACUGUAUGUUGGGAAUUAUUUGUUAUAGGAGAUGAGAGUGUAUUGUGUUAAACUGAAUCUGUGUUUGAAAAAAAAAGUAUACCACAUUGGUGUUCAUAUAGUUCAGAGCAACAGUACUUUUCAGCAUCAAUAACUGGAAUUCUUUGGUGUGGUAAAGUAUUGUUUGUUGUGUUGAACUGCAAGAUAAUUUUAUUCAUUCCAAAAUGCAUCUUUGAAGAACACUAUAUUAAUGGCAAAAUAUUACUGGUGCCAUAUUCUCUAUGGCAGUUUAGAGCUGAGUCUAUGUUAGAAAAUGUAUACCACAUUGGUGUUCCUAUAGUCCACAGCAACAGUACUUUUAGCAGGAAUAUCUGAAAUUAGUGGUGUAGUAAAGUACUGUUAUUUUAAAGCUUUUACCCAAUUAUGUCCAUUCAAAAAUGCAUUUUUGAACAAUAUUGGAACAUAUUAUCUACGGCAGUUUAGACCUGAAACUUUCUCUUCAAUCACCUUUAGGGUUUGCUUCUCUACAUGAAGACUAUUAUGUGCAGUGCCCAGUAUUUUGACAGAGACACAGGCUAGUCUAACCACAAAACAACUAACAAACAAGGUAUACUAUGUCAAAAGUUGCUUUUUAUACAUAGUCAAUGAAUAUCAUGAGCUGCAACAGGUCUAAGCUGUGAACAACAAAAAAAAAAAAAAGUAAAAAAUAAAAAGAACAUGGUCUCCCAUUUUCCUGUCUAUGCAAGAGCCACAAA